GGCCAGUGUAGUGGAGUGUCAGAUUUCAUAGCCCUGGCACAGAACAAACAGCCAUUGUUCCCCAUCCACACGAAGAAAACGUAAAGCCACGCCCGUCACCACAGAGAACUUUACCACCACACCUCGCACCUCACACCACACACCUGGCCACACCUCUAAUUAACACCUUAGCUGACCUGAGAGCCAUUUUCUGAGGGGGUUAAGGGCGAGAGGGGUUUAAAAUGGCGUAGGGGAGGUGGGGGUGAGGGAGAGGAGGCGGGAGGAGGAGGGAGAGGACGGGGAGGGGGCCGAGUCUCCCUCACUCAGCAAGUCCCGGAUGACAGGUAUCAACAUGGGAAAGUGACCAUCUCCUCGCCUAUUUUCUCGCAUUUUUAAGGUGAAUUCGACUCCCCACCGCCUCAAGAACUGUACAUAGAAGAACCUGAAGACCAGCUGGAGGUGUGGGGCGCCUGAGUAUAGCAGAAUUAUGCCCCAAAGUGACUAUAUCAGGUGACACACACACGGCACAUCCACUCUCUCUCUCUCCCAGGACAGAAUGUUUAAGAAGAAGAACAAGAAGGUCCAAAUCUCAGCCCCCAGCAACUUUGAACACCGGGUCCACACUGGCUUCGACCACCACGAGCAGAAGUAUGUCGGGCUGCCCCCACAAUGGCAGGGCAUCGUGUCCAACGCCCUGGACAAGGGACGCCCCAUGCCCCUGGUGGACCCCUCAGAGAUCACCCCUGUUGACAUGCUGGACGUCAAGGUUCCCAAUGACACGUCGAGGUCGCAGGACGCCGCCACUCGUCUCAGCAGGGGAUUUGCCACCCUGAACCUGGCCAACCCCAGCAGACACUCUCAGAGCAACACCCGCGAUCGUUCCCAGGGCUCCCACAACACACUGGUCAACAACAACAACAAUAACAACAACAACAACAACACCAGCAGCAGUGGUAAUGGACCGUCCCAGCUGCCAAAGACAUCUAGUGUUGCUCGGUCCAACUCCCUACGGUCCUCCAGCCCUCCACGCCCCCGCCGCAGCGACCCAUGGCCCCCCCACCACCUCCCCCCAACGCUUCACGAGGGGGAGGUGCUAGACGUCACCCCCCCACACUGGCCGCACCACCCACCCUCCCACCCACAAUUCCAGCACUACCCUGGUCACCACCAGCCCGGCUCUCACCCCCACACCACCCAACACAGCCCCGAAGGCUCCCCAGGGUACCCCCCACACAUGCGCCCCCACCAUGGCCCCCCACAUGGCUACCCGACUCCCCCACACCCCAUGAAUGGAGAGGAACGCUGGGAUGGCCGCCCCCCGAACCACUUGGACUUAAGAAGGGAGGGGUGGGGGGCUGGUGGGCUGCGUACCCCGUCUGGCCCAUCCUCUGCAGGGUCGGCGGGUAGUAGCGGUCAGCACGGCCCCACACCCCCACCCCCACACCAUAACGGCCACCCACCACACCACCAGGGAGGCCGCCCACCUGCCCAGCUACCCACCGACCCCACCAAUGGCCCCCCACCACACCCACCACACCACAAUGGCCCCCACUUCACCCCUCCACACCCCCAGAUGCCCCCUACCCAGCACCCCACCAAAGGAAACCCCAACCACUACCGCCUGGCCACCACCCCCACCCCACCACACCUCACAGACAACACCCACCACACCCCACACAGGACCACCACCCCACCCUGCCCCUCCCAGCAGCUGCCCCUCCCUCCUCCUCAUGGGGUGCAGAGGAUGGCCUCCCCCCCACAUCACCUACCCCCCCACACUCAGUUGUAUGCUAAGCCUCCAGCACCUACCCCAGACCAAGCCUCCCCCUCCAGCCGCCUCCCACCACCCCCAUCCUCCACCACAACCACCCCCAGUGGCCCCACCUCCCCCUCCAUGCACCACCACCACCCUCACCACCCACAGCAGUACCAACAGCAGCAGUAUUACCAGCAAGACUACAAUGGAAACCGCUACAAUCCCGCCACUUUGAGAGAACGGAAAGCCAGUGGAGAUGGUGGGAAGGAGACAAGUGGAGGUGGAGGGAACGCAGCACCACAUCACCACCUCCAGAACUCCUCCUCCUCCUCCUCCACCCCCACGACCCCCACCACGGCAGCUACACUCGGUAAUAACAACACCACCACCACUAGUCUACCAGGGAAGUCGCCCCCGAGUGGAUACAGUGGUGCCCCGCCGCCGCCCUCCUCCACACACCACUCGGCAAGCAAGCAGCAUGACCAGCAGCGCCUCCCAUGAGCAGGUUUCCGAGCCACGCUGCAGAUGGUGGUGAACCCUGGCGACCCGCGUUACAACCUGGACAACUUCAUCAAAAUCGGCGAGGGGUCCACCGGCAUCGUGUGCAUUGCCAGCGACAGGGACACCGGCAGACAGGUGGCGGUGAAGAAGAUGGACCUGCGGAAACAACAAAGACGAGAGCUGCUGUUUAACGAGGUGGUGAUAAUGAGAGACUACCACCACCCUAAUAUUGUGGAGAUGUACAAUUCCUUCUUAGUGGAGGAUGAACUGUGGGUGGUGAUGGAGUUCCUGGAGGGAGGCGCUCUCACGGAUAUUGUCACUCACGCCAGGAUGGAUGAGGAGCAGAUCGCAACGGUGUGCCGGCAGUGUCUGAAGGCCCUGGCGUACCUCCACUCUCAGGGCGUCAUUCACAGAGACAUCAAGAGUGACUCCAUCCUCCUGGCCAGUGAUGGCAGGGUCAAGCUAUCAGACUUUGGGUUCUGUGCGCAAGUGUCACAGGAGCUGCCCAAGAGAAAGUCGCUGGUGGGCACCCCUUACUGGAUGGCCCCCGAGGUCAUCUCCCGCCUCCCCUACGGCCCUGAGGUGGACAUCUGGUCGCUGGGCAUCAUGGUAAUUGAGAUGGUUGAUGGGGAGCCGCCCUUCUUUAAUGAGCCGCCACUACAGGCCAUGCGCAGGAUACGGGACAUGCCGCCGCCCAAACUGAAGAACUCGCAGAAGAUCUCCCCACGCCUGCAAGGAUUCCUGGAGAAGAUGCUUGUGAGGGACCCCGGCCAGCGAGCCACAGCCUUUGAACUGCUGCAGCAUCCUUUCCUACGCCAGGCCGGCCCUCCCUCCCUGUUGGUGCCUCUCAUGCGCUCCUUCCGGCACUCCCCUUGCUAGUCGGGGCACCUGGCUCUUCCCCUCGACUCUGACACUCUCUCCUCACCCCUGACACUGUCCCUUGGUACUGCUGCAGCCUUGGAUCUCAGUACCAUCACCUGAGUAUUCAUAAACUCUCUGGUGUCUUACUCUGUGCCUUGAGUUGAAAUGUGGUGUCUCUGUGGUGUUUUUGUGGUGUUUUCUUGCUUUACGAGUGUUUGUCUUCACACACGCCCUCCAUACACCAAUACUUCCUGUCCUUGUGUGUGUGUUCCAGCCUUGUGUGUGCCUUGUGUGUGUUUGGGUGUGUGGUGCAAAGUGGUGUAGAGAGGAACAGCUGGUUUGAAAUAGUGUUGGUACAGCUGGUGUGUUUUGUGUCUCAGGCAGCUGGGGUUACUUGUGCAGCUGAUAUGAAGAGAGAGACAAGCAGGGAGUGUUAGAGAUGUGUGUUUUGGUGUGUGUUGUGCAGCUGAGGUGAAGGGAAGUGUGUUGUGCAGCUGCUGUUACUCUUAGCUGACAGCAAGGUACUGUUACAAUAAGAGGAGCAGCUGACAGUAGGUGUGUGAUGACUGUGGUGCAGCUGGUGGCCAUGGUGAUGUGAGGGACAGCUGGUAAUGUUCAGAGGCAGCUGGUGACAGGAGGAAUGCUCUGACAGGUGGUGAAGGUAUUAAUGUUACCUGGAUGGACAGCUGGUGUGUGUGUGUGUGUGUGUGUGUGUGUGUGUGUGUGUGUGUGUGUGUGUGUGUGUGUGUGUGUGGCAGCAGCUGGAGACAUACAGAUGAGUGAUGCAUUUCCUAUCAUAGUGCAGCUGGUUUGGAUUUUUAGAACAGCUGGUAACAAGAAGUACAGCAGAGGGUGAAUGAGGUACAAACAGCUGGUCUGGGCUGGGUGGCUUAGAACAGCUGGUGCAACUCUUAAAAGUACAGCUGGUGAACUGAACUAAUAUUACCUUACUUAAUGAGGCGGCAGCUGACUUAUUGACCCUGCUCUCUCUCUCUCUCUCUCUCUCUCUCUCUCUCUCUCUCUCUCUCUCUCUCUCUCUCUCUCUCUCUCUCUC